AUGCGACAGUGGAAUGACGAGACAGCGUCCGCUAAAGUUGUUGUUAGUGUAGCAGACAGAAACACGUGUCAAAUGUUGAUUCGACUACAAGAAACAGUGGAUCAUCUAUUCAUUUCAUGUCAGUUUGCGACAUCAGUUUGGGAGGCUGCACCAUUUUCAAAUGUACAAGCCACUUUAGGAACAACACAUUUCACAUCAGCGCUGCAAGCAUCGCUCAAGCUAGUAAACUUGCCUCCAACUGGCGUACACCUCGUCUCUUUGUUCCCAUGGAUUGUUUGGACCAUAUGGUUAAUUAGGAACCAGAGGAUCUUCCAUAACAGAGAAUUCGAUGGAAGGGCCACACUGACAAAAGCAACCACUGACGCUAGAGAAUGGCAACAAGCACAACAAGAGGCGCUUGCCAUCCGUGAAGCACUCUUACAAGCUCGAGGUCAUGGCCAUAUCAACAUCGCAAUCAGAUCGGGCGCCCAGAUACUAAUCAGGGCAAUCAACGGAAGAGACCAAAUCAAGGGACUUUAUGGAAUCCUUCAGGACAUCCACAACUUAACUUGUUAUCUCUCCACCUCUGUUUUCUCGUUUAUUUCUCGCAAAGACAAUGUUGCAGCGGACAACCUUGCUAAGAAGGUUUUGUUUAACUUUUUCAACUGCAUGUAA